AUGGCCGACUUCGGUUUACGUGCCCCUCAUGGGCCAGAUAUGACGGGUACUCACAACCCAUUGGAGAAGAUGAAUAUGGAUCCCAACGAAAAAGGCGCCUUUGACGAGUUAAUUCGCCCAGACGACAGCUAUACCAAGGAUGGUACCUACUGGGCGGAUUUGCCGCUGGGCCAGAAGAUCAGAUUCGUGAGCUCCUACGAUGCCAGCGAGGCCAAACGGGAACUCGGUACAAUCUGGGGAAUGAUUAAAGAAGAUCCUCUUUCGCCAAUCUCAUAUUAUUUUCACAACAUGGUUCUGCCUGGUGCAGGUCUCGGCUUGGAAGGUUACGUGCUUUUCUCCAUUGGUAACAUCAAGCCGCUGUUCGAGAAAACCUUUCCCGACUGCUGGGACACAGCGACCACAUGCAAUAAACAAUGGAUUAAUGCGGUGGAUUAUUUGGAAAUUAUUGGAAUUAUCUUUGGUCAGAUUUUGGUGGGAAUUGUUGGUGAUUGGCUUGGUCGUCGCUGGGGUUUAAUUCAAGAUGCGACAAUCAUGUUUCUCGGUCUCAUUAUGCUCACAGCCGCGUGGGGUCUGACCAUGAACGGCUGGGUGAUCUGCUAUGCAUGGUCCCUAUUCUUUUACAGUGUUGGAGUCGGCGGUGAAUACCCAAUGACUGCGACGAGUGGUAUGGAAAAUGCUGUGGGUUCAGGAAAGAUUUCGACAAAGGAGGACCGUCUCCACCGUGGUCGCAAAGUCACUAGCGCAUUUUUGAUGCAGGGUUGGGGUCAAUUCUUCAACCAGGCUCUGCUUAUCAUUCUUCUGCUCAUUUUCCACCAUGGCAGUGGCAAUAACCCUUACUCCGCCGUUUCGACUCAAUGGACAUACCGAAUUUCCUUCGCUCUUCCGGCCGUCGGAACACUUUGGCUGGUUUACUACCGUGCCUACCACAUGAAGGCUGCGAGUAAACAAUUGGCUGCAGCUAAGAAGAAGGCAUCAGUGACAGGCUACGACUUCGACUCUUUGCGCCUCACAUUCAAAUUCUUCGGUCCGCGUUUGAUUGCCACUGCAGGCGGUUGGUUCUGCAAUGACGUUUUCUUCUACGGCAACAAGCUCUUCCAAAGUGAAUUCAUUGCUGUGAUUAGCCCAGCAUCAGACUCAAUUAUGCCUACUUGGCUAUGGAGUUUAGUCAACGUCGGUGUAUCUCUCUGCGGAUAUUACUGUGCCUCGUUCUUCAUCGACAACAAGCUCUAUGGUCGCAAAUGGAUGCAGACAUUCGGCUUCCUGAUGUGCUUUAUUCUUUUCGUCAUUCCCGCCUUCCACUACAAGUACUAUACUUCGUCCGAACACAUCAAGGGCUUUCAGGCAAUGUACUUCCUCAGUUCCUUCUUCAACCAAUUCGGUCCGAACUCCGUGACCUUCCUGGUCGCAGCUGAGGUGUACCCUACCCCCAUCCGUGCCACCGCCCACGGUCUCUCCGCCGCAGCCGGUAAAUCCGGAGCUCUCCUCGCCGCCGUGCUAUACAACUACAUCGACGACCAAACCAAGUUCCUAGUCGUGCCCUGGUUCGGCCUGGCAGGUGUUGUCCUGACUCUGGCCUUCCUCCCCGAUACAACAGGUCUGGACUUGAAGGAACAAGAGCGUCGCUGGGAGUACAUCCGCCAAGGUCGUGAUCAAGAAUACCACGGCCCCGCAGUACACCCUAAGCAUCUCUCCUGGUACGAGCGUUUCGUGCUCCGUCUCUGCAAGAACUACGAUGCCGAAAAAGACUAUCAGCACAAGGUCGAGGAAUACCGUCUCGAAUGGGAAGCCGCAAUGGCAUCCAAGUUUGCCGAGAAAGACAAGAGUGAAGAGAGCAUCGUCGAAGACACAGAUGACUCCCUCCUUGAAGGCCACGUGCAUACUUAUUUCCACCGCACCAGUCCCAUGUUCAAGGGUAUGAGUCCCAUGGAGAAGCCCGGAUCAUCAAGUGCAAUCAAGAAGGACGACUUCACACUUCCCCCCGCCGCAGAAUUGGAUGAAGACGCAUACCAUCACUCAGAGCGACACGAUAACCCCGCAAUGGUUUCCGUGACUCCUCCAAACGAGCAGCAGAUGCUAUCUGCCAGUGCGAACACAAACACAAACACACAUACGCAUAGCAGCGAGCAACGCGGAUCCUCAAGCGAGACAUAUACAUAUUCUUCGAGUGAGAAACACUCAUAG